CCACGUGACGUGGAAUGUACCGGAAAUCCAUCUCCGCUCCGGACGCGGCUCUCGACCUAGCGGAGGCCAGAGAAUAAGGCGUUGGCGGAGGAACUGACUGGAAGGGGGCGCGAUGAGCGACGGCUCCGGAGAGCCCGCCGGGGAGACUCCGCCCGAGGCCGGAGGAGGGGUCCGGAUCGUGGUGGAGUACUGCAAGCCCUGUGGCUUUGAGUCCGCCUAUCUGGAGCUGGCGAGUGCAGUCAAAGAAGAGUAUCCUGAUGUGGAGAUCGAAUCCCGACUUGGAGGGACAGGAGCUUUUGAGAUCGAGAUAAAUGGCCAGCUGGUCUUCUCCAAACUUGAGAAUGGAGGAUUCCCUUAUGAGAAAGAUCUCAUUGAAGCCAUCCGAAGGGCCAGCAACGGUGAGCCACUCGAGAAGAUCACUAAGAGCCGCCCGCCAUGCAUCAUUCUUUAGCCUUACCUUCUCCAUUUCCCAUCUUUCAGUUUCCCCCUCCUCCUUUCACCCUGCCCCAGCUUACCUCUAGCUGUCCUUUUCCUCUGCCUCCAGAAUUAAUGACCUUACUAGGUGGGGCUACAGGAGCAGGGUCAAGAUAUUUUUGGUUGCUAAUGUCCAGAGAGCCCUGUAAGCGAGAACCACAGGAGGGGAUUUGGCAGGGGGGAGAGGGGGCAACAGAGUCCUUGCAAAACAUGUUGAGUAAGGCUUUCACCUUCAAGGAAGUCUCCCUUGGCACUCAUUUUUAAGGAGCAGGGCAGGACUUAAGAGGGGACCAUCCCAUGAGGACUUUGCAAGCCCCAAGCACAAAGAGGGUGAGGCUGAGGUUUUGGGUUUUUUUAACCAUGCCUGGCUGGGACUGAAGGACAGUCUUACUUUUUGGAACUUACCACCCAUUAAUAUUCCCCCUUUAUCGUUCUGAAGCAACAGUUAAACACCUGCCUAACUCUUGGGUGUAGUUCAUCAAGCAUUUAGAUCCACGUUAAAGAAUUCUUUUUUAAAAAAAUUGGAUUGAUCAUCUCUCCCCACCCCCCCGGUCCACUUAUCUUAGGCUGGAAUUAAGUGCCCAGAGGGUGCCCCACAUCUUUUCCUGGGUCAAAUUUCUGCAAUGCCAAAUCUGUGCCAUUUCUCAAACUCUGCAAGCAGCAACUGUUAAGGGCGGGGUGGGGGUGGGGGAGAGAUGAGAUUCUCGGCAUCGCAUCACACAUUUUUUUAUAUGACCUCAUCUCACGACCAGUUUGUGACUGUAAAGCGUAGUUCCUCUUUUGCCCCUCCCUCCUGCUUCUAGACGCCUCUGUUUUUAGCACCCAAUUUUCACCUCUUUAUCUGCCACCCUCAGAGUGCUAAGAGGCCGGGUCUCAGCAGUGCUGCUAACUGUGAUUAACACACAGAUGCCUUGGUGAGGAUUGAGGAGGAAGAGUCGAUACUGCUUCUUGCUGUCUAAUUUAUGUGUUGAGAAUGUUGACAAAUCCAAUAUAUAUAUUGUAUUAAAAAGGACAAAGAAAAAGUUAAAUGGUUGUGGUAAAUAGUGUGAGGGAAAGGGAUAGAAUGAGGAAAGUUUCAGUUGGUACUGUGGAAGUAGUUGGGAGGGGGACCAGGCGCUGUCCCGGAUUUCCAGAGUGGGAUGCAGCCCAUUUUCUCAAGGUUCAAGGCCUGCUCUGGAAUGAAUUCAAGAUUCUAUCGCAAAAGGAAAACAGUCCAUUUAAGAACACCUGGUUAGUUUUUCUUAUUUCUAUCCAAAUCACAGUGAUGCGAUUGAGGCAGC